AUGCAGCUUCUCUCCAUCCUCCCUAUUGCAGCUUUGGCUGGUACUUCCCUCGCAGUGCACUGGAACGUGACUCUCUACACCGACACCGAGUGCACUGAAUACAAAUGGUCAUACGCCGGAAAUCAGAGUUACGGGUGUUACUCGCUUGAAACAUACAACCCAACCAUUCAGUCUAUCAGGGCUGAGAUUCCCGAUGAUUGGGUUUUCGAUGGAGCGAGCGGUGGUGCCUGUGAUUACUUUCACACUUACGGGGGCUCGGGAUGCUGGACUCAGGGUCAGGGAUUAAAGUCUUUCCAGGUUUACCCGCAGGCAAGCUGA